AGUGGGUGUCUUUGAACGUGGUUCACACAUUUCAUUCAGUGCGAUUGUGUGCCUGCCUGCUGGCUUAUCCACUCCUCGACUCUUCAGUAUCAGUAGCCUCUGUCAACCAACAUAUUAAAAACCAUGAAGAUCUGGACGUCAGAGCACGUAUUCAACCAUCCUUGGGAGACGGUGACCAAAGCUGCUAUGCAGAAAUACCCCAACCCCAUGAACCCUAAUGUGAUUGGAGUGGAUGUGUUGGACAGAGGCAUUGACAAACAGGGACGCCUCCACAGUAGAAGAUUACUCGGCACAGAGUGGGGUCUUCCUUCUAUAGUGAAAUCUAUAAUUGGGAACGCAAGGACGUACACAUACGUUCAGGAGCACUCUGUUGUGGAUCCCAAAGAGAAGACUUUUGAACUUCAGUCAACAAAUAUCACUUUCACAAACAUGGUGUCUGUGGAUGAGAAGUUAACAUACAAGCCACACCCUGAGGAUAAAGAAAAGACGAUACUGACUCAGGAAGCUAUCAUCUCAGUGAAAGGAGUCAGUCUCAACAGUUACCUCGAGGGAGUAAGCAGCACCAUCUCUUCCAACGCUGGGAAGGGUCGUGAAGCCAUGGAGUGGGUGAUCCGACGACUGAACGCAGAAAUCGAGGAGCUGGCAGCAACAGCACGCACGACCAUACGCACCCCCAUGGCUGCUGCUGCUGUCACUGAGAAAUGACAGCCCGCCUCUCUUGUCCAGCAGAGUCUGAGAGAAACAACCUGCCGGUACAAGCAGCAUCGCUUUGUGAUGCUCUGGUGCUGUUUUGGUGCUCUAGAGAUUUUGUAUUAUGUGAGGGUAAAACUUCAUUCAUCUCAUAAACUUUACUAUCUACAUUAGAUAUAUAUUUUAAUAGCAGACUGAAUAUAAAACGAUUCUAUGGAGUGUUUUCAGUGCAUGCUGCCUCGCAGGACUGCACCGACUAAGUAACUUUGGGGGGAAAAAAUAAAGAAAGCAAGCUCAGGGACAAGUUUAAACACCACUAUUAACUGUGUUUGGAAACAUGUAACUUUGUCAAAAGGUAGCAGAACCACUGGGUGACCUGGGGAGGAAAAAAAAAAAAAAAGAAAAAAAAAGUGCCAAAGCAGACACACCCACUUUUUGUCCAGCCUCUUUCAAGCACCUUAGCCAGUUGUGUUUUCAUCAGAACACCAGUAAGUCUCCUCUAGCUCCUCUCUCUGUGCUGACAACGACAGAGUUGUUAAAAACUUUAAUUGUGAAGGGAAUAAUCUUGUUCUAAAAACAACAAUGCCAUGUCAAAGAAGGAGUCAAGUGUGUGGCAUGUCAAGGGUACAUGAAGGUGGUGUCAGGUGACGGAGAGUAAAAGCUUGGGUUAGCACAGCCGACAAUAAUGACAUGUUAAUCUGUUUCGCCAUACCUGUAAAAGAGCUUUCUAUUCAAUGUUUUCUUGCGGGACCUCAGUAAUAAUAAGACACUUUGUCCCAGGCAAAAGUUUGUCAGCCUGAAUGUUAACUGUAUUACGUUGUAAUGUGAUAACUAAUAAUGCUGUUGAGAUAUUUAAGUGAAAUGAAGGGAUCAAGCUACUUGCCAUAUUUAUGUUUUUGAAGGAGACCUUAUCAAAUGCUUUGUUACUCUAAUUUGAAUCAGUGCAAUGUGUAGACACUAAAGCAGUAAGAACUAUCAGUUACAUACCGUACUUGAACAUGUUCACUGGACUCAAACAGUUUUAUCAAAACACUCAAGACUUUAGUUUCUCGGUUAUAACAAAGACCUCUCAGCCUGUCCUCUCUGUGGACAGGUGACACUGAUUUGCACUUUAGAUGUUAUAUUUUUAAACAAAGAAAAGCUGCUACAAUUCUGAGGUUGCUAAGCAGUCUUAAUAUUUUGGUAAUACUGUUUUUGAGAUGUUAGAUGUGGUUAAAAUAAGCAUAUGAAAAAGGUUUCUCUUCAUGUAAUAGACAACAUUAUGGUCAUGGGAAAGUUUCUCUAAUUUAUUUUUUUUUACACGUUACAGGAAUAUUUAUUUAGAGAAAUGGUUGGUUUUGAAGUAGUAAGCUGUGACUGUGGUUGAGUAUUGAGAAAUGUGAUAUCUGAUGCUUAGUUAAUAAAUGAGAUUUUGUGCCUAUGUUAAAUAUGUCUCACUAACUGAAAUGUUGCAAUAAAGUUAUGUAUUUUAACGUG